UAGUGAAGCCAGACGAGUGGUGCGCUUAGCGUUUCCAUUAACGCCGUCAUUUUUAUGACCUCAAAUCGCUUGACGGGAGCGCAAUAGAUCACCGUUUAUUAACGGGACUAUAGACACGGCGUUUUACAUACUGUAUGACAUAAAACUACUCCAAAAACAGUCAAGAACAGAACUCUUCCAAUAAAAUAUAAAUAGACUAAAAAUGAAUACAACUUAGAUAUCACAGUAUCGAAGAAACCUACAAUCGCAUCAAAGAGAGCAAAAAGAACGCAACAUAGAUGCCGUUUGAGACAAACAAGUAAUAAACACCACUAUUACGGAAUAAAUAACAAUACAAGGAAAAAAAUCGAAACUGCAACGAUUUUACUACUUUACUAGUACCGACUAGAAAAGGAGAAGCUGGUAAAGCUUUUAAAGCGACAAAAUUCUUAUCCUAUCAUAUCCUAUCUUCAUAUAAAGGUAAACACGACUUGCGUAUAUAAUCGGUGGAUUUUAUAACUUUGAAACAGAAUAGUUUUACAACUGUAAACUGCAACACCUGCCACCAUGAACACCUUUACUGCAAUCUGCCUGCUCCUAUGCGCUUCUCUGGCAAUGGGGAUGGAUCUUCCCGACGACGUAGUAAAAUGCAUAAAGGACUUGAACCUCGACAGAAGUCACAUUGAAUCGAUCCUUUCAAAUGAUUCCGACAAAUUUCUUCCUGAAAACGAUACCCAGUUUAACUUAUUUUUCUUCUGCUACUGGAAAUCAAUAGAGUUCCAAAAUGAAGAUGGUACUUUCAACUCUGACAAAAUAGUGAAACGAAUUAGUACUGCCGCUCGAAAGCAUUACGGUGGAAAACCAGAUGACAACACUCCUAUCGGGGUAGAGAUAAGGACUCAGGCAGUUUUUAGUUGUAAAAAUAUUCCAGCAGGCGAGUCGCACGGACAAACUGCUCUUAGGAUGACAAAUUGUAUCGAUAAGCAUCUCUUUGCGAUUCUCGGAAAGCUGUAAUAGAACAGAUUUGCCCUAUUUACGUUUCUUAUUCCAUUGCUAUUGCUUUACCUGUAUGAUACUACCUAUAUUUUAUAAAUGCUAAUUAGUAACUAACACUGGGUCAUUUACCUUCA